CGAACGUGCAGCUGAGCUGGGUGGGCCUUGCGCAGCUUCCGUUUCGUUUCCAUUCAUUCAUUCAACAGUGACGACGACGUGGAGUUGCAUGCAGCCGUGCAGUGGGGUUACGGUCGAGAAUGGUCCUAGUGCAGUGCAGUGGAUUGCUUUGCUUCGUCCAUAAGUAGAUGCCGAAGGAAGGAAGAGAGGAAGCAAGCAAAGCGAGCGAGACAUCGAGUAGACGCCCACGGACGGACGACGGAGGACGUACGGACCAAGUAGAAGCAAGUAGUAGGCAUGGCGGAGGCAGAGGCCCAUGGCAUCGUCAUCGUCGGCGGUGGCAUCUGCGGCCUAGCCACCGCUCUUGCUCUUCACCGGAAAGGGAUUCCUAGCCUUGUGUUGGAGAAGUCCAGGAGCCUGCGAGCGGACGGCGCGGGCAUCGGCGUGCACGCCAACGGAUGGCGAGCUUUGGAGCAGCUUGGCGUCGCCGCGGAGCUUAGAGAGACUGCACAGCUUAUCACCGUGUACCAUGACGUGUGGCAGCAGGGAGACAAAACGAGCCGGGAAAAGGUUCCAGUAAGGAUGGAGCUCCGAUGCUUAAACAGAAAGGACCUGAUCGAGGCACUGGCCAAGGACAUCCCUGCAGGCGCGAUCCGAUUCGGCUGCCGCGUCGCUGCCGUCGCUGCGGACCCCGGCGGCGGUCACGGCGCCGUCCUGACAAUGGCGGACGGUACUGCCAUGAAGGCCAAGGUUAAACUUGCAUGCAAUCGAUGGUCAUACAUACAGUAUCAUAUAUAUAUAUAUCCUCUGCCUGAAAUCGAGCUCUUUCAGGUCCUGAUCGGGUGCGAGGGCACAUACUCCGCGGUGGCCAGGUACCUUGGGCUGUCUCCGGUGAGGACGAUCCCGCGCCCGGUGCUACGGGGCUUCACCUGGUAUCCGCACGGCCACUCCUUCGACACGGAGUUCCUGCGCCUGCGCGUUGGAGGCUUCUUCAUCGGCAGGCUGACCAUCACGGACAAUCUGGUCCAUUUCUUCGUGACGAUGCCCAAACAGCCCACAGCGGAUGUCAUCAAGGACCUGAAGCGAGUGAGAGAUCACGCGCUGAAGGAUCUGCAGGACGUAGAAUGCCCCGGCGAGAUCAUCGAGAUCGUCCGCGGGUCGGACCCGGAGUCCCUCAACUUGGUCACGGAGUUCUGGUACCGGCCGCCGUGGGAGGUCGUCCUGGGCAGCUUCCAGAGGGGCGCCGUGACGGUCGCCGGCGACGCCAUGCACGCCAUGGGCCCGUUCAUCGGCCAGGGCGGCUCGGCGGGGCUGGAGGACGCCGUCGUGCUCGCGCGGUCUCUGGCGCGGGCGGCCGUGGACGACAGCGACAACGCGCGCGAGAAGAAGGUGGUCGGCGAGGCGAUCGGGGAGUACGUCAGGGAGAGGAGGCCGCGGCUGGCGCUGCUGUCCCUCGAGUCCUUCGUCAUGGGGGCGCUGCUGGUGCGCUCGCCGUCUCCGGUCACCAAGCUGGUCUGCGUCGCCGUGCUCAUUCUCUUGGGCAGCAAGUCGUUAAGGCAUGCCAACUAUGACUGCGGUCGCCUCUAGGCUCGAGCUGUAGUGGCCCGGGUACUGCCUGCUGGGGUCCAGGCACCACCGUCUGCUAGGAGAUUAUCAUAACAAGGCGGACUUCUCCACUCCCUGUCUGAGUGUGGUCUCAUAAGCCUGGGCUCAAAGGCCCAUAAUCGUGGGAAUGGUACCUCGAUGAAUAAUGAUCAGCGCCAGGAGGUCCUCUAUGACUCUAUCUCGAA